AUGGGUGAACCAACUUUUCAAGAAUUGGAUGACGUUACGGCAGAUGUAACACGUAUUAAAAAUGUUUGGGGAAUUUAUGAAGAAUUUCAAGAAGAGUUAGCUGAAUUAGCUAAAGAAGAUUGGGUUACAUUUCGAAGUAAAACAUAUCGUUUUGAUGAAUUUCUUUCUAAUUGGCAAGAGAAAUUAAGACAAUUGUCAAAUAAUGAAUCAACUAAAUCAUCAAAAAAACAUUCAUCAAGUAAUAUGAAUGUUCGCAUACAACAAGAUAUUGAAAAUUAUCGUUUAACUACACCUUUAUUUAAAUGGGUUAGAGGUGAAGCUUUAUCACCUGAUCAUUGGUUAGAAUUAUUUCGAAUAUUGGAAAUACCACGUGGUAUUACAUUAGAAAAAUUAACAUUUGGAGAUAUUUUAAGAGCUAAAGAUAAAAUUAUAAAAAAUUCAGAACAACUUAAGGAUUUGAAUGCUCGUGCACAAGCUGAACACACAAUUCGUGAAGCUUUACAUGAAUUAGAUAAUUGGGGUGCUGGUGCACAAUUUUCAUUAACAGAAUAUAUUGAUACAAAACAACAAAAAAUACAAAUAAUUAAAGAUUGGAAAGAUUUAUUUACACAAAUUGGAGAUAAUCAAAGUCUUUUGUCUUCAUUAAAAGAUUCACCAUAUUAUAAAAAUUUUGAGGGUCAAGCACAAAUAUGGGAACAACGUUUAGGAAUUCUUGAUGAAUGUCUUCAUACUCUUAAUCAAAUACAACGUAAAUUUGUUUACCUUGAACCCAUUUUUGGCAGAGGUGCUUUACCAAAAGAACAAGGUCGAUUUCGUGGUGUUGAUAAAGAAUUUCGUGAAAUAAUGUCUGAAAUUUCAUCUAAUCCUCGUUUGGUUAUAUUCGCGCAACGUAAAGAUUUAUCAAAUAUAUUAAAAUCUAUGCUUGAUCAAUUAGGUCGUUGUCAAAAAGCUCUUAAUGAACUUCUUGAAGAAAAACGUUCUAUAUUUCCUCGGUUUUAUUUUAUUGGUGAUGAUGAUUUAUUAGAAAUACUUGGUCAAUCAACAAAUCCAACAGUUAUUCAAACACAUUUAAAAAAACUUUUUGCUGGUAUUCAUACAGUUCAAUUUGAUGAGACAAAUCAAAAUAUUCUUGGUAUGCGUUCAUUGGAUGGUGAACUUGUACCAUUAACAAAACAAAUUCGUAUAACACCAUCAGUUGAAGAAUGGCUUAAAGAAUUAUCAAAAGAAAUGGUUAAUACAUUACAGCAAUUACUAAUUAAUGCUUUACAAGAAUCUCGAAAACAAUUAGGACAAAUACCAAUUGAAAAAUAUCCAUCACAAAUUUCAUGUUUAGCUGAAUUAAUAACCUUUACGGAACGUUGUGAAGAAGCUAUAAGAAGUGGACAAUUAGAUAAAUUUCAUGUUGAUAUUAAACAAGUAUUGGAAAAAUAUACAAAUGUACAAGUCACAACUGAUUCAAUAGAAGGUCAAGUAACUGAUUUAAAAUAUAAAGCAUUAAUUAUGGAUACUGUUCAUAAUAUGGAUGUUGUACAACAAUUAACUGAUGGAAAAAUUCGAAAUAUUUAUGAUUGGGUAUGGCAAAAACAAUUAAGAUUUUAUUUAGAAAAUAAUAAAGCUAUUAUAAAAAUGGUUGAUGCGCAAUUUAAUUAUACUUAUGAAUAUCAAGGAAAUGCACAAAAACUAGUACAUACACCUUUAACUGAUAAAUGUUAUCUAACAUUAACACAAGGAAUGCAUAUGGGAUUUGGUGGAAAUCCGUAUGGACCAGCUGGUACAGGAAAAACAGAAUCAGUUAAAGCUCUUGGAUCAACAUUUGGACGUCAAGUACUUGUAUUUAAUUGUGAUGAGGGUAUUGAUGUGAAAUCAAUCGGUAGAAUAUUUAUUGGUAUAUGUAAAUGUGAUGCUUGGGGAUGUUUCGAUGAAUUUAAUCGUUUGGAUGAAGCUGUAUUAUCAGCUGUAUCAAUGCAAAUUCAAGUUAUUCAAGAUGCUUUAAAAAGCGGUGCAUCCUCAUUAACAUUACUUGAUAGAAAAAUAGAAAUAAAUCCAAAUUCAGGAAUAUUUGUUACAUUAAAUCCAGCUGGAAAAGGUUAUGGUGGUCGAUCCAAAUUACCUGAUAAUUUAAAACAAUUAUUUCGACCAGUAGCUAUGUCAAAACCAAAUAAUGAACUUAUUGCUGAAGUUCUUCUUUAUUCAGAUGGAUUUAAAAAUGCAAAUAUUUUAGCAAGGAAACUUGUUGCAUUAUUUAAUUUAAGUAAAGAACUUUUAACAACACAACAACAUUAUGAUUGGGGUUUACGAGCAUUAAAAACAGUUUUAAAAGGUUGUGGAACAUUGUUAAGAAAUGCUAAAGCUAAUAAAACUGAUAUUUCCUCAAAAUAUGAGUCUCAAUUAGUUGUUCAAGCAGCUCGUAUUAAUACAUUAUCAAAAUUAACUUUUGGUGAUUCAAGACGAUUCGAUGGUCUUUUACAAGAUAUAUUUCCUGGUAUUGAUUUACGAGAUAUUGAAUAUGAAAAUUUACGACAAGCUUUACAUGAAGUUUAUAAAGAACAUCAUUUAUUAAUCAAUGAUAUGCAAAUUCGUAAAGCUCUUGAACUCUAUGAACAACUUCGACAACGAAUGGGUGUUGUUAUUGUUGGUCCAUCUGGUUCAGGAAAAUCAGUUCUAUGGAAAAUGCUUCAACAUGCCAUGCAAAAAACAGAUCAAACUGUACGAACGUAUGUUAUGAAUCCAAAAUCAAUGCCAAGAAUACAAUUACUUGGACAUAUUGAUAUUGAUACAAGAGAAUGGUCUGAUGGAGUUCUAACAGCAGCAUCACGUGCAGUUGUUAAAGAACCACUUGAAAUUCAAUCAUGGAUUGUAUGUGAUGGUGAUGUUGAUCCUGAAUGGGUUGAAUCAUUAAAUUCUGUACUUGAUGAUAAUCGUUUAUUAACAAUGCCUUCUGGUGAACGUAUACAAUUUGGUCCUAAUGUUAAUUUUCUUUUUGAAACGCAUGAUCUUAGUUGUGCAUCACCAGCAACUAUUUCUCGAAUGGGAAUGAUUUUUCUCAGUGAUGAAGAUACAGAUGUAAAAGCUGUUGUUAAAUCUUGGUUAGCUAAAGAACCACCUGAAACACGUUCAUUAACAGAACAAUUAAUCAAUGAUUACUUUUUUGAUGCAUUUAAUUGGAUUAUAAAACAAGGUGAUUUUGUUGUUGCAACAACAUUAAUUGGUACGGUUCUUAAUGGUUUAUCACAUUUACAUGGUGUAAAUGAUAAAUCAUUAUUUACUUUGGGUUUAAUUCGUGGUUUAGGUGGAAAUUUAAAUGAAAAAACAAAAGAAGCUUUUGCACGUGAAGUGUUUAACUUAACUGGUGAACGUCCACCAAAUCCAAGUAAUUUAUUAUCAACAAAAUACGAUGAAAGAUCAAAAAGCUUAACAACUUAUAACAAUGAUGAAAAAACUGAUCUUAAUGUUGAUAAUUUUACAAAUAUGUACGAUCUUCCUGUUAUUCGUACUAUUGAUAUUCAAUGUUAUCUUGAUUCACUUCUCCCAUGGCUUAAUAAUAAACAUCGAAAACCUUUUCUUGUUGUUGGACCUGAUGGUUGUGGCAAAGGAACACUUCUGCGUUAUUGUUUUCGACAAUUACGUUCAACACAAGUCGCAAUUUUACAUUGUAGUUCUCAAACAUCUCCAAUACAUGUUAUACAAAAAUUGAAUCAAUCAUGUAUACAAGUUUCAUCAACAAAUGGUCGAACAUAUCGACCAAAAGAUUGUGAAAAUCUUAUUUUAUAUGUUAAAGAUAUUAAUUUACCUAAACUUGAUAAAUGGGGUACAAGUCAAUUAAUCGAAUUUUUUCAACAAAUUUUAACUCAUAAUGGUUUUUAUGAUAAUAACCUUGAAUUUGUUAAUCUUGAAAAUAUUCAAAUAGUUGGAAGUAUGAAUCCAUCGAAUACACUUGGUAGACAUAAAUUAUCAACACGUUUUACAUCAAUCGUUCGAAUAUGUUCAAUAAAUUAUCCAGAUGAAGAACAAUUACAAAUAAUUUAUGCUAAUUAUUUACGAUCCAUACUUCAACAACAAUUACCUAAUCAUAGAGUUUGGUCAUCAAGUGGAAAAAUUAAUCAACUGGCUUUAUCAAUGAUUCAUAUUUAUAAUGAGUUGAGAUCUCGAUUUAGUCAAGAUACACAUAGUCAUUAUUUAUUUACACCAAGAGAUUUAACACGAUGGUGUUUAAGUUUAUUACGUUAUGAUUUUUCAUCGAUAAAAAAUGAUGCUACAGCUGAAAAUUUACUUGAAAUAUGGACUUAUGAAGCAUUUAGAUUAUUUAAAGAUCGUUUAGUUGGACAUGAUGCACAAGAAAAAUUCGAUCAAAUAAUUGAUAAAACAUUAAAAAGUGAUUGGUCAUCAAAUGCUUUAGGAUCAUUAAAAGGUAAAAUUGAGAACGAAGAUACUGAUACAUAUAGCGGUCGUCGAACUCUUCCUCCCGCUGGUCGUGUAUUAUCACGAUUAUCUAGUAAAGAAUUGAUACCACUAGUGGAACGUGGUACAGCUCGAUAUCGAGCUGAAUAUCGUGAUACAAAUGUAUUUCUAUUUCGUGAAAUUCUUGAUACAAUUGUUCGAUGUGAUCGUGUAUUAACAACACCUGGUGGUUCAUUAUUAUUAGCUGGUAGAAGUGGUGUUGGUCGUCGUACAGCAAUUGGUGUUGUUGCUUCAAUGAAUAAUAUGAAAUUAUUUUCACCUAAAGUUAGUCGAACAUAUGGAUUAAAACAAUUUAAAAAUGAUUUAAAAACGAUUUUGCAAAAUGCUGGUGUUGAUGGUGAACAAUGUAUUUUAUUAAUGGAAGAUUAUCAAUUUAUUGAAUCAACAUUUGUUGAAUUAAUUAAUAGUCUGUUAUCAGCUGGUGAAGUUCCAGGACUAUAUACACCUGAUGAAUUAGAAUCCAUAUUAUCUCCCUUACGUGAAGAAUCAUCACAAGAAGGUUUUCGUGGCACAAUGGUUCAAUAUUUUGCACAAAAAGUCAAAACUAAUUUACAUAUUGUAUUAGUCAUGGAUUUUACUCGACCAACAUUUACAAUAGCUUGUCAAAGUAAUCCAGGUUUUUUCAAAGAAUGUUCUGUACAAUGGAUGGAAGGAUGGUCUGAAAGAUCAAUGUUAAAAAUUCCAUCAAUGUUAUUUUCAAAAGAUCGUUCUGAUGAUCAUAUGAAAGGAAAUCUUACAGGAAAAAUUGAUUUAGAUGAAGAAUUAUCAAAAUUAUUUUAUGCGAUUCAUAAAACAAUGGAGAAAAAAUAUUUAACACCAAAACGUUAUUUAACUUUACUUGAAACAUAUCAAGAAGUUUAUUUAACAAAACAUCAUGCCAUUAGUAAACGACAGCAACAUUUAAAAUCUGGUGUUUCGAAAUUAAGUGAUGCAAGAAAAGUUGUUGAUGAUUUAAAACGAAACGCAGAAGUUAAACAAAAAGAACUUGCUGUUAAACAACAUGAAGCUGAUGAAGCACUUAAACAAAUUACGAAAAGCAUGGCUGAUGCUGGAACACAAAAAGUCGAAAUGGAACAUCUUGCAGUUAAAGUUAAUGAAGAAACUGUUUUCAUUGAACGUCAAAAACGUGAAAUUGAUGCUGAAUUAGCCGAAACUCAACCCUUAGUUGAUCAAGCUAAACAAGCUGUCGGUAGUUUACGAUCAGAAACUUUAGUUGAAAUUCGUUCGUUACGUGCACCACCAGAUGUAAUUAAAGAUAUUCUUGAAGGUGUUUUAAAAUUAAUGGGUGUACUUGAUACAUCAUGGACAUCGAUGAAAGCUUUCUUAGGUAAACGUGGUGUAAAAGAAGAAAUAAUGAAUUUUGAUCCUCGAAAUGUAACUGUUGAAAAUCGUGAAUCAGUUGAACAAUUAUUACGUAAAAAAGCUGAUUCAUUUUCUCAAGAAAACGCUUCUAAAGCAUCACAAGUAGCUGGUCCACUUGCUGCAUGGGUCGUAGCUAAUGUUAAAUAUUCAAAAGUUUUAGAAAGAAUUCGUCCAUUAGAAGAAAAACAAAAUAAAUUAAAAAAGAGUUUAGAAAAUUCAACAAGAAAAAUGGAAGAAUUAAGUCAUGAAUUAAAACAAGUUGAUGAUAAAGUUGAAAAAUAUCGAACUACAUUUGAAAAAACAACGAAUGAAGCUCAACGUUUAAAAGUUGAUUUAGAAAAAGCUAAAGAAACAAUUGAAGCUGCACAAAAUCUUGUCGGAAAACUUGAAGGAGAAUUUUAUCGAUGGUCAGCUCAAGUUAAUGAUUUAAAUGAACAAUUAAAAAUUUUACCUAAACUUUCUUUAUUAUCUGCUAGUUUUAUAACAUAUUUAGCUAGUCAAUCUGAAGAUAAACGUCUUAAUUAUAUGAAUAAAUGGAAACAAAUAUUAAAUGUUGAUGAAAAAUUUGAUAUAAGAAAAUUUUUAUCGACUGAAAGUGAACAAUUAGUAUGGAAAAGUCAAGGUUUACCAUCUGAUGAAUUAUCAAUGGAAAAUGCCAUGGUUAUACUUCGUUCACAAUUAUGUCCUUUUCUUGUUGAUCCAUCAUCACGUGCAACUGAUUGGUUGAAAACCCAUUUAAAAGAUAAAAAAGUUGAAGUUGUCAAUCAACAGGAUAAUAAUUUUACAACACAAUUAGAAUUAGCUGUACGUUUUGGUAAAACAUUAAUUGUACAAGAAGUUGAUGGUGUUGAACCAGUACUUUAUCCAAUAUUACGAAGAGAUUUAGCUUCCCAAGGUCCCAGACAUGUCGUACAAAUUGGUGAUAAAAUUAUUGAUUAUAAUCCAGAUUUUAGAAUUUAUUUGACUACACGAAAUCCAACACCAGAAUUAUUACCAGAUAUGGAAGCUAUUGUUAAUGAAGUCAAUUUUACAACAACACGUGCUGGUCUUACUGGACAACUUUUGGCAACAGCAAUUCAACAUGAAAAACCUGAAUUAGAAGUUCGCAAAACUGAAUUACUUCGCAAAGAAGAAGAACUUAAAAUUGAAUUAGCAAAACUAGAAGAUCAGUUACUUGAAGAUUUGGCAAAUGCAACUGGUAAUAUUUUAGAAAAUAAAGAAUUAUUAGAAUCACUAAAUAAAACAAAAGAAAAAUCAGCAACAAUAACAAAUUCUCUUGAAGAAUCUGUCAAACUUGGUGACGAUCUUGAUAAAGAAAGAAAUGAUUAUUUACCACUUGCUAAACAUGGUAGCAAACUAUUUUUUGUUAUAUCCGAUUUAGCUAAACUUAAUAACAUGUAUCAAUUCAGCUUAGCUGCUUUCUUACGUUUAUUUCAACGUAAUCUUGAACAAACAGAUAAAAGCUCAUCUCAAGAUCGAACAUUAUCUUUAGGAAAAAAUCAACUUCGUAUGACAUAUACAUAUAUUACUCGAUCAUUAUUUAAAUCUGAUCGUCUAAUGUUUGCAAUGCAUUUAGCACAUGGAAUGUUUUCAAAAAAGAUUCCUGAUAAUGAAUGGGAACAUUUUAUUGGUAUAUCAGUAGCUGAUGCCAAAGAAACACGAUCAUUACCAUCAUGGGUUAAUGAAGAACGUUCAUAUGAUGUUUCAGCAUUUAAAGCGAAUUUUCCUCAACUUUUUUCAAACCUUCGUUUUGAUGAUUCAUCAUGGUCAAAAUGGAAUUCAACAAAUGAAUGUGAAUUAUAUUUUCCGCAAGAUAAACAAUUAACAUCAUUUCAACAAUUAUUAGUUAUACAAGCAUUUCGACCUGAUCGUUUAGAAAGUGCUAUGAGAUUAUUUGCAUGUGAUUCAUUAGGAAUUCCAGAUAUAUCACCUGAAACACUAAAUUUAAAAAAACUUUAUUCAAAAGAAACAAUUUCAACGGAAUCAAUCUUAAUUCUUAUUUCACCAGGUGCUGAUCCAUCAGCUGAACUUAGAGAUUUAGCUACGCAAAUAAUGGGAAAAGAUCGAUAUUCAGAAAUUGCAAUGGGUCAAGGUCAAAUGCAAAUAGCACUUGAUCAUCUAAAGAAAUGUUCAAGUCAAGGUACAUGGUUAUGCUUAAAAAACCUGCAUUUAGUUACACCAUGGUUAACAACAUUAGAAAAAGAGUUAAAUUCAUUAAAACCACAUAAAGAUUUUCGUUUAUGGUUAACAUCAGAAGUUCAUCCGAAAUUUCCUACAAUACUUUUACAAUCAAGUAUUAAAAUAACAUAUGAAGCGCCACCGGGUAUUAAAAAAAAUUUAUUACGUACAUUUGAAAUUUGGACACAAGAUGAAUUUGGUAAAGGUGGUGUUACACGUUCACAAACACUUUUUGUUCUUGCAUGGUUUCAUGCGAUCGUACAAGAACGAAGAAAAUACAUUCCACAAGGUUGGACUAAAUUUUAUGAAUUUUCUCAAGCAGAUUUACGUGCUGGAUAUGAAAUUAUACAUCGAUUAUGUGAACGAGCUGAUAGACAAUCGGGUGGUGAAAUUCAAUGGGAUUAUAUUUAUGGUUUAUUUGAUCAAGCUGUUUAUGGUGGUCGUGUUGAUAAUCCUAUUGAUACAGAUGUAUUACGAUCUUAUUUAAUGCAAUACUUUAAUUCAGCUAUUAUUGGUGGUUCAAGAGGAUCAAAACAUAAAUUAGCACCGCAUAUUAAUUUACCCAAUUCACCAAACUUUAAUGAAUAUAAAAAGAUUUGUGAAGACUUAAAUGAUGAUCAAGAUGCACCGAGUCUAUUUGGUUUACCAGCUAAUAUUGAACGAUCUGCACAACGAAUGAAUAGUGCUCAAAUAAUAAAUUCAUUAAAAAUUCUUCAACGUACUGAUGUUGAAGUUGAAAAAUUUGAUAAAGAAAAAUGGAGUGCAUUAUUAACACCAUUGCUUAACUUAUGGAAAAAAUUAAAUCAGGAUACUGAUUUUAUAAAAUUAAGAGUUCAACCACCAAUUGAAGAUGGUUCAUUAUCACCAAUACAAUCAUUUCUACAAUUAGAACGUUAUAAUGGUAUUCAAUUAGUACAAACAAUUCAUGAAAAUUUAGCAUCAUUAUCAAAAGUUAUUCGAGGAAUUAAUUUAAUUACAAAUGAAAUUCAAGAAUAUGCCAAAGAUUUACUUCAAAAUGAAACUCCUCAAACAUGGCAAGAUCGUUGGGAAGGUCCAACAGAUUCUAUGCAAUAUUUACGUGCUGUUGUAUCAAAAGCUAAAGCAAUGCAACAAAUAGCAACAUCAAUAAAAGAUCGUGAUAUAUUUUCUCAAACAAUUAAUUUAUCUGAUCUAUUUCGUCCUGAUACAUUUUUAAAUGCAUUAAGACAACAAACAGCACGAGAAACUAAACAACCUAUGGAUACCUUACUAUUAAGUACGUCUUGGUCUGGUGAAGUUAAACAUGGAAAAAAUGUAUCAAUUAAAAUCGGUGGUUUACAAUUAGAAGGUUGUUCAUUUGAUAAUGGACGUUUAAGUGAAAGUGCACCUGAUUCACCAAGUGUUACAGCAUUUCCAUCAUGUUAUAUUGCUUGGAUACCACAAGAUGCUGGUCAACAAGAAACACGUGAAACAAUAUCAUUACCAGUUUAUUUUAAUGCAACUCGUGAUAAAAUCGUAACACGUCUAAAUGUUCCAUGUAGUAGCGAUAAAGACAAAUGGCUACAAUGUGGUGCAGCUCUUUUUCUUAAAAACAUUUAA